AUGGUUGAAAAGUAUAGGUUAAAAAAAUUAGGCAAGAAUCUAAACGAAAAUCUUAAUGAUUGGAGAACAUUCAAAGUUUUUGCAAAUCGGGAACACAUCAAAGCUAAUAUUAUUCGUAUAUAUGGAGACGUGGUUCAGCUCUCAGAAAACCUAAUCAUCCAAGAUUCGGAUGAUUUUGAUGUUGUAUUAAUAGUUGCAAGACGAAUUGAAGUUAAUACGGGAAGUCAAAUCGUUGUUAACCGCAAGAAAAAUGAACCUUUUCGAUUAGUGGUGUAUGCUAUGGAAAUUCCAUUAGACCUUAAUGUAGAAUUAAAAUCCGCAUAUAAUACUGUUACUAAUAAAAUUCUAUCUAAUCAUAAUUGUAAGCAUAUUGGUGGAACGCUUUUAAUGCGGAACGGGCAAUUUAAAGAUAUAAGAUAUUUUGAAAAAUUUGACGAUAAAAUUUUUCAAAGAGAACCAUUUAAUAUAAUGUUACAAUUUUCCUUGCAAAUUGCUUGUGCUUUAUUUUUUGAUGAGCCGGAAAUUACAAAAUCAAUUCUUACAUGGAUCAUCGAAAUAAAAUCACAAUCACAGUCUGCAAUGAUAAAGGAAUUAUACCAUCAUGGUUUAGCAAGUUUUGAAUUAUUUAACCUUUUUAAAGGAAGGAUGGACAUAAAAGAUCAAGUACGCUUCAUUCCACUACUUGAUAAGAAACAGUACUGGAAAUAUAUCAAAACUUUCAUGAAAACUGCAAAAUCUUAUGAAAUUGAAUACAUGGCACUUCUAGAGAGUAGAGACAUUAACAAAAUAGAAAAAGAAAGAUUAGAAAUGUUAUUAAGUGACUGCAAUGAUGCUAUACAAACAUUUCUGCAUUUUGAAGAUGAAGGGAAUGAUCUUUAUAAAUCAGCAUUUGAAGUUAUGAAAAAAGCAGAAAGAGACCUUGAAAAAAGGCAAGAAGAUGUUAGUAAUGCGCGAAUCGCACUCGAAAAAGGAAUUAAUGACUGGAAGAAUCAAAAACAACAUGAUGCGAGAAUGCAAAUUGUUACUGCUAUUUUCGAAUUAUCACUAACUAUUGGCAAAAUUGUUAUUCAACCUACCAGUAUAGCAAAUCUUGGCGAAAUCGUAAAAAAUGUGUCAAAUUCAGUUCAAAAUAUUUUUAAAGAUGCUAGUAUAAAAAAGAUCAUAGAAAUAUAUGGCUCUGAAGAUGUAAAACAAAUCGAAGAGUUAUUUAGCUCUGAAAAUGUGGAAAAGAUCAGAAAUAUAAGUGAUAAAAUUUGUGAGAUAACUAAACUUAAAAAUGAGUUAGAAAGUAAUAGAGAUAUGGCUGAUGAUCAUAAAAUUAAUAUUGAGUGCGAAAGCGGAAAAAUAGAAUCAAUGAAUAUUGAUGAGCUUGCAAAAAAGACUAUGAUUGGAAAGUUUGAAUUAAAACAAGAUGAUUAUAAUCAUAUUGCACUUUUACUAUUCGAACACCUAAUCAAUUUAAAGUGUUGGAUUACAAUAUACAUGGAAAACUAUCGUUGUGCUUAUGAGUAUUGGUCUCUUUCAGAAUCUAAACAGAAACUUUCAGUUAUUAAAAAAUUCAGCGAAUAUGAAGAAGACAUGAAAUAUAUGGCCUGUGAACUAGAAAGGGCUUACCAGCGAUUUCAAGGUGAACCACAAGUGUUUAUACGAACAAUUAAUAUCAGUGAUGAAAACCACAUAGAAGAGUUUAAACGUAAUAGAUUUAUUACAUUUGAAAUCCCGUUGGACCACCCGCAAUUAUCAAUGAUUGAUCAUGCUCGACUUAAUAAAUUUCAAGUAUUUUUGGAAGGAGUUGGUAUGAAAAACGAUGAAAUCUUACUCUAUAUUAAUAGCUCAAACACAUUUUCUGAUAGAUAUCAGGGAAUUAAUUAUCAUUUUAAAGCAGCGACUAGAAAAACUUGA